GGCAAUCUAUUCGCUUGUUUACAGCUGGCGACUGUUGGGCAUGUCGCCUAUAAGGAAUUUUGCAGCCGGCAUUCACUGCAUUUUUGCCAGUGAGGUGUAGACUGGAGUUUUAAUUAAACUUCCCCUGAGUGUACCAGCAAACACUAGCGAGCCGCCGGAGAAAUGAGGGGAUGCAUUAUCUUAAUCAGUUUUGCGGCUGUUUUUUAUCCGAUUACACCGAUUCCAUCGGCGUCGCCUCUGGACUCCGAACCUGUACCGACCGCGUCGGUCCAUAAGAAGAGCGGCUGCAUCAGAGUGAACCACUGUAAAUGCAUCAUGAUGGACGGGUCCGGGAUUAUUGACCUGGGCGCGCUCGGGGACGCGGAUGGCUUUCUAGAGCACCUCAAACCGCUGCGCUCAGUCGGCUCCCUGGCCACCACCGAGGUGAUGUUGUCCUUCAGCCCCUGUCAGCCCUUUUCCGAGCCCGAGGACGUCACUGGGACGAGCUGCACUGACGUGGCCGCUUGUCUGGUAGUCAGAUUUCAUAAAAACAGUUCAAGACCCAUGGAUCGGUAUCUCAACUAUGGAAGGCACAUAGAUAAUCAGUUCUAUUACAACAGUUCUACGAAGACACUAAGUGUGUCCUACUCGGUGCUGGCGUACAAUCACCCUCUGACGGUGGUCCACUACCACUGCAGCCCGAACCGCUCGCUCUCGUCCACCCUGACCUUCAGCGCGGAGGUGCCCCUGCAGAUCUGGGUAGAGAGCCCCUGUGCAUGCCCAAACGCCUGCACUCUGGAGGAUGUGGGGCCUGGCACCAUCUUACUCAUCAUCCUCUGCCUCAGCGCUACGGCCUACUUCAUCUUAGGUGCAUGUGCCCUCCGACCCUUCCGGACGAGGCGAGCCGGUGUCCAGAUCGCUCCGGAGGACAGCGUGUGGUGUAUGCUCUGCUACCAGUUCACUGACCGCCACCGGCCACGCCGUCGCAGACACUAUUCGCGGAGGGAGGACACACUCUAACGUGUGUGUGUGGUGGGGCGGGGAGUAGUCUAGAGGUCAGGGAUCUGGCCUUUCAAGGGGUUACCACUAUGGUUCUUCUGAGCAAGGUACUUGACCCCAAGUUGCUCCAAGGAGAACUUUCUCAUGUGUCCCCAGUACACUGAAUCAAGUGGCUCUGAAGGUGUGAGCGUGUCAGCUAAAUGACAAAUAAUGUAAAUGGUGCAUGAUGCGAUCGCACCUUCAUGUGUCUGGGAUAUCACAGUCUUUCUGUCUGUCUCUCUCUGUCUGUGCUCUCCCAGUCUUUCUGUCUGUGCUCUCCCAGUCUUUCUGUCUGAGCUAUCCCAGUCUUUCUGUCUGUCUCUCUCUCCAUAUGACUGUCUGUGUGCCAUCCCAGAGUCUGUCUCUCUCUCUGUCUCUCUCUCUGCUAUCCCAGUCUCUCUCUCUCUCUCAAUCUGUCUGUCUCUCUCUCUGUCCGUCUGUGGAAGAAAUGGCUCUGAAGGCAAGUGUCAGCUAAUGACAAACAAUGCAAUGGAAGCUGCUCUCUGAAGAAGGACACCAUAGCAAGUGUGAUUGUGAAUGUGUAUGUGUGACAGAGGAGGCCAAUGAUGAGUAAACUCUUUUCAUUUAUUU